AUGGUCCGUCUCCGACUCGUCUUAGACGCGGAAGUGGCUAUUCAAGUCAACGGCCAGGAUGCUAUCGAGACUGAAGUACCCUUCCCGGGAGCUCCCGCGCACGAUGCGCCCACUAGCAGCUACAGACUUCUUGAAGUGGAAGAGCAUGCCCCUUUCUCCGUGAACAUCACCCUCGCCGCGGCUCCGGCUAUCUUCGCAGCCGAAGAAGACGACUUGAUGGAGUUCAGCGACACACAGAUGCAUCCCGACCGCCAGGCCAUGCUAAUGUCGCGCGAAGACGACUCGAGUAACGAGGACAAACAAGAAGACCUCAUGAACUUCAGCUCGUCUCCGGCUUCAGUGCCUAGGGCUUUGCUUCCGCCAGCAUCAAGAACUUUUGAGCCUAAAACCACAUUAAUCGACGACGAAGACAGAGAUCUCAUUAUGCUUGAUCGGAGCUACGCUCCGCUGGAGCCCACGGUUGCUCUAGACAAGUACGUAGAGGAUAUUUCAGCUCAAGAGCUCGAGGACGAGAAAGCUCCAAUUCAGUCAAAAGAUUUCACCGCAACUGUGAACCCAAGAAAACGCAGCGCCCGUUCAGCGUUCGGGGACUCCCCUCCUAGACCUAAUAAGAUCAUCGCGCUGGAGUUUAAGGAGGAGCCAGAGGAGGCUUUUGUCAAACAAGAAAAGAAUGAAGGCUAUUGUUCAAGAAAAAUGGUCUCAAUUCUCGAGGGUGUAAGCGAAGAACAGUUUAUCGACGGCCGGAGAGCGGAUAUCACACUGAGCAGAAGCACAUCGAUACACCCACCAUGA